AUGACUAGAAAUUUUCACGAAACUUCAAAAAGUCCAGACGGACCGCUUAAGAUAGGAGUAAAGAGAAAAUUCGAGGUUAUAAAAAGAACAGGAGGAAACGAAGGAAGAGAAACAAGGAUGCUUAGCAAGUCCGAAAGAGCACAACAUAAACCCUUCUCCUGCGACCUUUGUACUUUGGCUUUUACGAGAGCAUCGCACUUGGCGAGGCAUAGAAGAGUGCAUACUGGCGAAAGACCAUUUGCUUGCAGUAUCUGUCCACGAAUGUUCGCUAGGCAAGAUAAGUUAAAACAACAUUUGGAUUCGCACUUGCAAUGGCCGAAGAGGAAGGGAGGACAAACAAUAUCUUCGUCACCGACGAAAGGCAAACGCGGCAGGCCACGUAAGGUUAAUUUGGAGCAAUCUGCGAUGGAAGAAAUUUUAAAAUUUGGCGAGUUUAGCUCUCUAUUGAACAAGUCCCAUUCCGCGAAUUCAACGAAUAAUAGUGAAAACUCCGGGAAUACUGGAGACGAUGGCAAGAGGAAAGAAGCGCAUCGAGACGAGGAUGACUCGUCCCACAGGGAAAAAGACAACCGCGGCUGCCAAGUCGAAAAUGGUCAGGACAUUGUUUAAUAAAAUCUUUAGUUGGAAUUUGGAUUUAAGUGUCUGUAAACUUAUUUUUCUAUGUACAAUCACAAAAUCGCGAUCAACGUAACAUAGAAGAAAAAACUUAUCGAGCUUCUUUGAAAAGUCGUGGUAUCUUUUUCCCGAGUCUAUUUCAAGUUCAAUAGGGCUUAUAAAAUGUCAUCUCGUUCCAAUUGAAUAUAUUUAUAUAUGCAAAGUACGUAACGAACUAUUUAACGUAAGUACCUGAAGUAUCGACUACUAACGUUAUUAUCAAAGCGCAUGAGCCUCUAAAGAAACCAACGGCAUGAAUGAGAGUCGAAGCAGAAGUCGAUUAUCGUCGAUUAGAUGCAUCAGUAUAAAUUGGUAUCAUUAGUAUCGAAAGGUAAGAUUAAUAUAAAAGGAUAUCUACACGCACACACACACACACACGCGCGCGCGCGCGCGCGCACACACAUACACACACACAUACAGUACAAAUAUAUAAACCUGACCAAAUAAUAUACACGUGAAGAAUACGGCCUGACUUUCACUGUAAAUAAUUUUAAUUUCUCGACGUUAAUUGUCGCUCGACAUUUUAUAUUAAUUGCGAUAUACUUAGAUAUCUGAAUUUGAAAUUCGAAAGUUUAGGUAUGAAGACAUUCAUGCAUCCACUGUAAAAAAUAACGCAAUUCAAACGAUAUUAUUCGAAAGAAAUCUUGCGAAAGGCAGUGUUGGGUAAUAUCUAGAUACACAUAUAUCUAAAUACAUGUAUAGAGGUACAUUUUGUA